UCCAAGGAAAUUGCAUCGUUCUGGGACUUAAUAUUAGAGCGUGAGAAACUUCAUGCUACCGCAGAACAUGAUUACACGCUACUACAACAAGUUCGAACAAAACAUGUCUCAAUAGGUACUGCUGACGUUGUUAGAGUACAACAAAAUAACGAAGAAGGAAAUCAAUCAAAUGUGAGAAUUCUUCGAAAAAGAAAGCAUGCUGAAUUUGAUUCUUCAGACUCAACAUUAGAAUCUUAUACAGAUUUAGAAUAUUCGGAAAACAAUAAGAUUAAGAAGCAAGUUACAAAUAUCAAUAAUGAGACCAUCAGAAAAA